CUCUCUCUCCACUCGUACAUAUAAUUCUCCGCCGAGUCACCCAUUUCUCUUUCUAAAAUUCAGUGAAAGCUAAUUCCCUUCCUCACUGCCGCCGUAUGAGCAUUUUGUACAUCUCUGUGCUUUGUUUCAUCUGAACUAACUCUCAAACGAGCAUUUGCUUCCAAACUUUUAUAAUACAUCAACAACCAGGAAUCUGACUGAGUAGUAUCGUACCUUAUUCAGUUAAGCUGGUCCUUUAUCGUGUUUAAAUCAUCUCUCGAAGAUUUUCAAGCUCAGUCCUUUAUAGGCUGUGCGUCCGCAUUGAAGAGGUGCUGACGUAAUUCAACUCGGACCACCAGCUUGACUCAACAAUGAAAUCGAGCACUCAGCUGGACUCAGUAGUUUUCCGUCUAACUCCUACUCGGACAAGAUGUGAUUUGAUUAUCAUAGCAAAUGGGAAGAAAGAGAAGAUUGCUUCCGGCCUGUUAAAUCCUUUUCUUGCUCACAUGAAGUCUGCUCAGGAAAAAAUUGCAAAGGGUGGUUACUCAAUCAUUCUUGAGCCACCACAGUCUCAGAGUAUGAUAUCAUGGUUUACAAAGGGCACUGUGGAAAGGUUUGUGCGUUUUGUGAACACCCCAGAUAUCCUAGAAAGAGUGUACAUUAUAGAAUCUGAGAUCAUACAGAUUGAGGAAACAAUUGCCAUUCAAGGGAAAAAUGACAUUCAACAUUGCCUUGUUGAGGAUCAGCAAACGAAGGCAUUCAGGGACUGUGAUGGUAGCAAGUCCGAGGUAGUUUCUAAUGGUAAUAAAGCUGUUGUCCUUUACAAGCCUGAGGAGCAUAUACCACAAGCAAGUGGUUCAUUUUCACAAGAUGGGAAUUGCAGAGUACAGAUAUUGAAAAUCUUACAGUCGCGCAAAUCAGUGCUGGAAAAAGAACAGUGCAUGGCCUUUGAACGUGCUGCAGCAGCUGGUUUUCAUUUCGAUGACAUGCCUUUCCUUCUAUCAUUUGGUAAAUGCUUUGGAGCUUCACGUUUGAGGGAUGCCUGCUUCAGAUUCAUGGAACUCUGGAAGAAAAAACAUGAGUUUGGACAACCCCUUGAAACUGGAGCAGCAGAAGUAGUGGCAGGCCAAACAGAUUUAUUUGACAAGAAGGCUUCAUACAGUAAUGAGAAGCUAAACACAGACUGCAUUGCAGGUCAAAGGGCUCCUAUGGAUGCACAUCUGCCAAAAGGUCAACAUGAAAACCCUCAAGGCCAGUUUCCUAUCUGGUCAAUGUAUUCACCGUCUUCUGCCCCACCUCCUUUGCAGCCUUAUUAUGUCCAACGACUGCCAUAUCAUCACACUUAUUUACAGAAUAACCCUCUUUAUCCUCCGUACGGUGUGGAAGACGCUCAAGUGGGUGUCAUGCAGAGAAAUGGACCAAAAAUACAAUUGACAGAUAAGAAAUGUAGCAACAAUGAAGUGAAGAUUGAAGCUCCCCGGUCAUUUAAAGCAAAAGUUAGCAAUCCAAAUUCAUAUGAUGAAAGGGAAGUUAAUAAACCUGAAAUUGAUGGUGGAUACUGGCUAGCAUUUCAAAACAUACUAUUUAAAGAAUCAGGUGAAGAUAAUUAUACUGAAAAGGGUCACAUGCCUGCAAAGGGAAAAUAUGUAAGGAUACAGAAAGAUCCUACAGGUGAUGAUCAUACCACUCUUGGUGGGAAAGGUGCAGAUGAUUUGCAGGAUAGUAGGGAUAAUGUCAUUCAUAGAGUUAGUAUAGACAUGUCUUGCUGCAUCCCCAGCGGAUCAAGUGAUGGUGUUUUACAUUCUAUCAGGGAGUGCGGCAACAUCUUGGGACACGAUGAUCAAAUUGACCUUCAGUAUGCUGAGACAAAUGGGGGAAAGGUCUAUGCCGAAACUGUGAGUCAUGAUUCUACGUUGGCUGGUUGGGAACACUUCUCAGGGUCAAGAAAUUCUAUAAAUACACUUACUGAAAAGGGACUUCAGAGUGUGACUAAUAUACUGGAUAAAGCUUCUUCACAAUAUAUGGCUGAUGAAUCUUUUAUAGUACCUGUUAGGUCAAUGCUAUUCAAUGUUGCUGUACCAGAAAUCAUCACUCAUUGUGACUGUGAACUUUCUACAGCUAUUAGAAAUACAGAAAGCAAUUUUAUUGGAGUUAGAAGCCAAGUCAAUUAUAAGAGAAGUAAUCUAGACCUAAUUCCUAAAUGUGUGUCAGAAGAAAAUUGCAGAAGGUACAACCCCACUUUGGACUAUGAAAUGAAAGCUCAUGUUAAAGAUAACAUUUCACAGGAAAAAGGAAAAAAGAAAGCCUCCAGUAUUGUGAAAGAAGUAAAUACAAAGAUGGACAAGGACCAGAGAGGAAAAGCUGAUUUAGAUAAUAAAAACACUGUAGGACCCAUAAGAAGAGGAAAGCUAUCAAUGACAAGUCCUGUACAUUAUGCACGAGUUCAUGCAGAGAGAUUAAGAGCCUUUAAGGAAGAUACCCAGAAGAUGAAAAUGGAAAAGGAAGAGGCAGAUAUUAAAUGCUUAGAAGCUUUAAAUCUGGAAAGGCACAAGAGAAUUGCAGCAAGAGGCAGCUACACUUCUGCCGAUUUAGUGGUACCACUAUCACAGAGAAGACAGCAGCCAAUAAACCCAUCGCCAUCCCCCAUCAGAGGGUCAAAGUUCAGUGAUUUAGAACCAGGAUCAUCAUCACCGUUACAGAGAUCCAAAAUAAGAAAUCCUCUCGUAUCAACUAUUUCUCCGAAGGAUUCUAAGUCACAUAAAUUUAGUGAUGGGCAGUCGAACAAUAACAGGUUAACAAAAUCAGCAUCGUCAUGGUCUGAUCCCAAUAAGAAAAGCAGUAAUAUUGUGACACCAGAUUCAAAAGCAUCCACGACAAGGGUUAGAAAGUUAUCUGAGCCAAAGACUGUAAAUUGGCCUGUUGCAUCAGUCAAGGCACAUAGUUCUGAAACAUUGAUAAGACUGAGGAAAUCCAAAGAACCUGAGAACACCAAAAUAUCCGAAGUCAUAGACCUUGAUGCAACACAGGCUGCAACUCUUCCUGAACUGAAGAUCAGAUCCCCAAAAGGGCUUUCAGAUAAUAUGAAUGUUUCAGGACCUCCAAUAAAUUCUGCAAAUGUGAAAUCAAUGGUGAAUGGUGAGAAAGCUCCAUGUGACAGUGCAGGUGAUGAAAACAUUGUUGAGAAGACCGUAGUAAUGCUUGAAUGUGAAAUCUCAUCCUUACCUGUUGCCCAUGCAUCAGGAGAGGAAUGUAGAGUACUUAGCCAACAGUGUUACAGUCAUGGCCACUUAGGGGAGAAAAUUUCAGUAGUAUUUGAGCAUGCAGUGCCGACUGAUGCACCUCCUUCACCUUUUGUGGGAUUUGUCAGUGAUCCUAUUCCUGGAUUGGAUCAGGGACAACUGAACUCAUGUGAGGUUGGAGAAAAAUGUGCACAUGAGACACCUAAAGUUGCAAAAGCGGGCCCUGGUGGAAAACCUUAUGAAGCUCCUUAUGCUCCUAUGACCUCCUUGGCAGUCUCAGACUUGGCAUUAGCAAAACCAAUGAAAUCACUUGUGGAAAGUGCUAGAACUGAUGGGGAGUAUACCAUUCAGGAUGAUUCAGCAAAAGCUCGAGUUAAGGAGCCACCAAGAGGCCUCUGGAGGCUAUGGAAAUUUGGUAAGAAGAAACACUGUCCCACUGCAUGUGAUAAAAAUCUUGAACCAGACCAAAAAAGUGUUAAUCGGCUAAAGCAUCAGGAUGGCCAUGCAGCAAAUACAACUUCAUCAAGUGAAGUUUAUACUUUGAAGAAUUUGAUGUCACGAGAUGAAACCUCAGCAGUUGACAAUGCUGUUCAAAAGUCUCGUCAUUUUUCUUUGUUGACCAACUUCUGGAGUAGGACAAGUGAAAAGAAGUUGAGGUCAUAAAACCAAGGUUUACUCAGGUAAGUUAUUUUCUAAUUGAAUGUUGUUCAACUUAAUCAACUCCACAACUUCAUGAAAACUGAAACUUCUUCGGGUUGACAUGCAGCAAUGUCUUUCCAGUUUGUAUACAAGUACGUGUAAAUGGAACCUUAAAUAUAUUAUGUGCAGGGUGAAAUGUUAUUCUUUUGUUUUCUGUUUUGAGAUAGGGGGAUGAAUUGUGUGGGGGCAUUUGAGUCUUGACAGAUAGCCUGGGCGUUAUGUUGCUGCCAUUGCUGUAAAAGUCCUGUCAAACCAUGACUAAUUCCCGCUUAGACCAUCUCCAACCCACGGGGUGAAUAAAUGCAAAUUUCACCACAUCCUACUUUUCUCAAACAUCCUACUUUUCUCCAACAUCCCUUGUAUUUUGAGGAUCAAAGGUGGAAAUAACCAUUCAUGAGAUGAAAAAUCCAGCCCUCUUUCAUUCAACUUUUGAGACAAGGAGGCAGAUGAGCUUAAUGGAGUCGGUCGUUGAAUGCCCACUAAAGACCGCUUGCUUCUCUCCAGUGGCGGAGCCAAAAAAACGGUUCAGAGGUCGAAACUCAACUAUAUACAAAAUAAAAAUGGUGGAUUAUGUUUAGACAAUGCCCGAGUUGAAUGUUUCAUAUGUAAUUUAAAUAAAUGCUACUCCCUCCGUCCCACUUAAAGGUUUCCACACGGUUUACGAUGUUUGAAUUAUCAUAAAAUUAAUUGAUCCCUGUCAGUAAUAAGGUUAUUUUUAGUAAAUAAAACUUAUAUAUUCAGAAACUACAUUAAAAGUUUUAUAAUACUUGAUCAAGAAAAAUUAAAUCUGAUAAAAGUUGGAUAUAUAAAGUAAAAGAUUAAGAACAAUUCAUGUUAACUGGAGAAUAGUGGACGAGAACCUUUAAAUGGGACGAAGAGAGUAGUUUCAAUGAGACUAAUAGAUUUAUAGAUUUGAUAUAUAAAUCAUAUAUAUUAUAAACUCGUUUUUAUAC